CACGGUUUGCUUAAAGCGGCAGGCUGCUUCACUUUCCUGUUUGUGCGCUCAGCUUCUCUUCAUGGAUGCUUAUGAUUUUCUUCGGCACCACAACUCACACAUCCCCCCCCCCUCAGCUGUCAGCUGGACUGAAAACUUUGUGUUGGUGAGCCUGACGAGAGAGAACCAUGCUCCGCUGCAGGAGGUGUCGGAAAGGCGUCAUAGACUCAUCAUGCUUGUCAAUGGGUGAGAACACGGACGAAAGCUUAGAUACUGUUUGCAGUAUCUGGCACGUGAACGUUGACACAUUGCCAGAGUGGAUCCUGACCUCGGUUCACCAGGCCCAAUGGACUGUUGGAAAACUGAACUGCCAGAACUGCUCAGCUCGUUUGGGCGGCUUCAACUUCAUUAACCGCAGUGAGUGUCCCUGCGGCCGGGACGCCACCGUCCAUUUCAACAAAAGCCGCGUGGACCGUGACCACAAACAUUACGUCCUCAUCGUCCAGCCGAGGAGGACGAGGCCCAGGAAUGAGCUGGCUGGUCUGCUGGCAGAUGGAUCUCAGGACAAAGGGCAGAGGCCUGAACUGAACAGGACUGCACUGGAGAGUUUGCAGCUCAACUGUGCUGCUGUCAUGUCCAACAGCAGCCCUGCCGAGGCCUCUAACUCACUGGCCGACAGAGAAAACGCCCAUUCGUUUUCGUUCAGCCCGCUGUACUGCAUCUCUCACAGGAGACGGUGCAGUUCAGAAGAUGACGCCACCAUCAGGUCGUCUUGUUUUUGCCCCGCAGGCCCUGUAGACAGGUCUGCUGUCGGGAUGACGAGGGCGGGGACAGAUCCCAUGAGUCCGCAGUUUGACACUGACGGUGAGGCUUCUGACGAACCUGUUGCCCGCCAUUCAUUUGUCUCUGGGAACACAGUUUCGCCUCUGCACCAACAGCUGAUGCACACUGUCGAGUCUUCUCCAGAGAGCACGGCUGUCCACGAGGAGGCGCCCGAGUCAGCCCUGUUCCUCAGAGGGAGAUCCAUCUCUGACAGUGUGGCUGAGCAGGACGAGGAAGUGUCGCCUCAAGCCUUCAUGGCCUCCCCGGCCUCAAGCAGACUGAGCAAAAGAGAGAAGAACCGCUUGAAGGGUCUGCGGAGGAAACAGAGGAGGAGAGAGCGAUGGCUGCACAGUCAGCUGGAGCAGGAGCAGGCUGAGAGUCUAAGCACCUCACUGUUGGACAGUGAGGAGGAGGACCGAGAGGGCCUCACCUGCGCGGUGUGUCUCGACAUCUACUUCAGCCCUUACAGCUGUCAGCCCUGCGGUCACACCUUCUGCGAGCCAUGUCUCCGCACCAUCGCCAAGAACCGACCGACGAACACAACCUGCCCCCUCUGCCGCACCCUCAUCUCCCACACCAGCUUCCACAAGGAGCUCAACCAAACAGCGAAGACCUUCUUCCCCAAAGUGUACUACGCCCGCAAGCAAAGCUUCCAGGGUGCUUCGUGUGAAAAAUGGCCUCUGCCCAGCUGUCGCAAGCGCUUCCAUACCUUCUGGGGAGAGCAGAGACGGGCAGCGAUGGCCGGAAGACGCCUGCACUUUGCCCAUGGAGGCUUCACGUUGGAUGCUUUCGACCUCACCGACAUGCGCGGCUGGCUGUUUGACAUCGGUCUGGUCAUCGUCUACAUCCACUCAAUCAACUGGAUCCUGUUUUUCCUGUUCUUCUGUUUGCUCAUGUACUACUUCUUCUUUUGAAAAACUGAGAAGCUUCUGCAGUCUGAGUCCGCAGUGUUUUUUCUUUCAAGAGAAGGAGUUAAGUGUGUUUUUUCUGGUUUCACUAGUUGGAAAGAGCCACAAGUCAAACCUCUUUAUAUUAAUGGUGAAGAAUCGCAGAAAUAGGAGACAUGGAUGAUGUGAAGAGCAGGGAUCGGAACAAUUUUAAGCUUAAAAUUUGCACAAAUGGUUGGAAAAGUUUACAAUAUCGUUUAACUGACUUCAGACGAACUUCAAAAAUUUGAUGAUGAUUUGAAUGUUGUUUUUUUUGUUGGCCUGUGUGCAAUAACAAACUGGGAGGUGUCCUCUCAGUCAGAAAUAAUGGAUGAGGCUGAAGACACCACUGCCGAAAGCAGAAUGGUGCUUCUUCUUUUAAUGCUGUUAUUUUUGACAUCAGUGGUAGCUCAUCAAGUGUGGUGUUUGGUAAUGAAACCCUUGUUUGAUGGUAGAACAGUUUGGUGAUAAUGGAAGUGAUCAUCAGACACAAAAUAGAGGAUUGAUACCACACUUUGUGCAGAUUUGUGCCUUGAGCACUGGAGCUUGGAAGCGAUUAGCCUUGCUUAGUGUAAAGACUGGCAGCAAGGGAAAGCAGCGAGCCAGGCUUGGUCCAAAGUUUUGAAAAUAGGCUUACCAACUCUGAAGCCCCUUUUACAGUCUGUUUAAAGAGGGAAUGUUGUGCCCUUAUGCUGCCUCGCUGAAUUGUAUUAAAUUUAAGAAGACAAAACUGCACCUCAGUACUGAGGUGAUGGAUAAACUGAUCUUAUUUUCAAGAAAUUGUUAAAAAGUGUAUCCAUCCAUGAACCAUAAUUUUUUGCUUCUGUUUGUGUAUGGAUGACCAAGAGAGAUAUGUUAUAGUUAAUGACCUUUAGCAGUGUCAGUAAGUGUAUUUUUAGCUAGUGGCUGUGCUAGGCUAACCACAUCCUUGCUCCAGCUCUGUGCAUUACUUAAUGUAUAGACAUAAGAUAACUGAUGGCAUUUUUCAUCUAACUCCCUAGCGAAGGCAAAUAAGUUAUAUUCCCAAAAUAUUGAGUUAUUUCUUAUAUGAAGCACAGGUGGGAUGUUGGGAGACAAAGUGAUACGAAGAAAAUAUGAUGUCAGCAAUAAAUGCGUACAAAACCUCAAUGAGCUUUACAAUCUGUACAGUUAACGACACCCUCCAUCUUCAGACCCUCAGUUCCAGUGAGGAAAAAAAUAACGUUUAAACAAGGGAAAAAAAUGUUGGAAGAACCCUCUCCUAGGCGGACAGACACGCAAUAGAUGUCGCCUGUACAGAAAAGAACAAUAAAAUCACAGUGUACAAGUUGCAUUGACAGAACAUCUGAUUCAGCGAUAAGCUUCAUGAUUAAAUUACAUAGAAAUCCUGCUUGUUACAUUAUGGGACCAUAAAAAUGUAGCGUGAGACUCAUCAGUCACUUGUAAUCUUGCUUUAGCAUCACCAGAGGAAGUUUAGUCCAUGUAUUUAGUUGAGUGAUGCUCAGCGAAAUCAUGUUGAUUUAAGAUCAAAUUUGAAGUGCUUUCUUGUACAUAUUGUUUUAUUUACAAUGCAGAGGGAUGCUCAGAACCCAAAUACCUGAGUAAAGACAGCAGAAAAUAUUUAGCGGGGUGAAUGAUUGUUUGAUUGAGGGGUUUGACAGCAGCAGGAGUGUAAAGAACAGACAGAAAGUCAGAUUCACAAUUGUGUAAAAUACUCAUUUCAGUAUCGUGCCUUUGCUUAGUCUGUGCCUUAUGUCAGAAACCAGUGCUAUGAAACUGGAAACAUGCAACUUUGAGUUCUAGCUCUCUGGCAAAAGACUCUAUUGUAUACACUAUAUUUGUAUGAAACAAGAAAGAAGUUUAGAUAACAUAAAUGGUGUCUAUUUCUUAAAGGAAAAGAAGUCUGUGGAAGUUACAAAAGUCUGAAAAAAAGAUCUACAUUCAAAUUAACUUGAGCUAUAUGUCUGUGUAUUUUUUUAAAUUUAAAUAUGGGGUCAAAUUUUGCAUAUUGAUGUGUUUUAAUUGUAUUAUGUAGAAAAAAAAUAUGGUGUCUGCUUGUGUUACGUAGAAAAAAAUGGUGUCUGAUUAUUGUCUGGAUUAACCUCUCCGAGUUGUUUUUGUUUGCUCCACAGGUUCAGUAUUAAAAAAGAUAAAAGCAAAA